GUGAGGGACUGAGGGUUCCUUCUCCAAGAACUCACCAAAGAGCGCUUUCAUAAAAAUAUCAAAAAUGCAGAGGCUCGCUUCUUUGAAACUGGCCUCAAACUUCCCCAAAAAGCUUUCAAACUCCUCCACAACCACUACUACUUCUUCAAUCUUCCACUUUCAACCACAAAAAUCGGUUUCUCUCACCAAACCACCCCAAACCCAAACCCAAACCCAAAACUACUUCUUUAGCUCCUUCCCCGCACACCGGCUUCACCGUCUUCCUCAUUCAUGGAGGUUGCAGCACACUCUGACACAAAAGAUUCAUGGGUUUUUCUCCAACACAUUACUCAAACGGCAGUUUUUGGUGGGUUUCUCAAAUACCCUUUUGAGAGCCUCAAGCAAGAGUCUUUCAGAUUUCAGGCUUGGCUUUCUCAGAGUCCAAUUUUCGAGACAGAGUUCUAAGUUCAAGUUCAACCCAAAGUUUACUUCUCCUCGGAGUGUCGGGAGAUCAUGGCUCCGAAGGGUAUCAGAGGGUGAGGACAAUGACGUGGUUUUGGGAUUGAUUAUAGCUAAUGCUGCUGUGUUUUUGUUAUGGAAGAUUGCGGAUACUGACUUCAUGGUGAAGAAUUUUAUUAAUGCAUUAAUCAAUGUUAGAAGUGGACGUCUUCACACGUUGAUAACUUCUGCCUUCAGUCAUAUCGGCACUGAGCAUUUCAUUCAUAACAUGAUUGGACUAUAUGUUUUUGGGGCGCAUAUUGAAAGAAUUUUUGGGCCUCAAUUUUUGCUGGGAUUGUAUCUAGCUGGGGCUCUUGGUGGCUCGGUCUUUUUCUUGGUGCACAAAACCUACCUGGCUGUGUCAUCGAUGGGCCGGCGAGAGGAGAACAAAGACCCAAACAACCUGGCACUGGGCGCAGGCGGGGCCGUUCAUGCUAUCAUUUUGCUUGAUAUAUUCCUCUUCCCAAAAUCCAUCUCUACUCCGGGAUUCUCAAAACAGUUGUUCCUGGGGAUCUUUCUAAUUGGGAAAGAUAUCUUGAGGAUAAUACUGGGAGACGAACAAAUCUCAGGGGCUACACAAUUGGGAGGUGCUGCAGUUGCAGCCAUUGCCUGGACACGACUUCGAAAGGGGCGAUUCUAAAUUUUGUAACGACGGAUUACAUACAGAACACUUGGAAACUAAGAUGGUCCCGUUCCCCAAAUAUUACUUGUAUUUUUUAUUUUUAUUUUUUAAAGAUAGUCCAGCAUGUUAACUAUUAGUCAGUGCCUUGCAGCUAGUUUUUCUCCUGAUUUAAACUACCAGAUCAUCACUUAUCUCAGACCCAGUUAUUAAUCCAGCUCCAUUUUGG